CAAAGACGGGUAUCAAAAGUGUCUCUAACGCAAUAGUCGAGGACUAGAAAUGAAAAAAAUCAAAGUCGAGUAUCAAAAGUGUCAAUGACAUAAUAGUCGGAGGACUAAAAGUGACAAAAAUUCCAUAAUAUUUAGUAUACUUUCUAAAGAUGCAAGUAUAAACUAAAAAAGUAAUUAUGUGUUGUAAGAUGAGAAUUAACUUUCUGCUCAUAAAAUGGUACCCUAGUAACUACCCUAUAAAUACGAAACUAAAUUAUUCAACAUUUGCAACAACAUUACCGAAACAGAAUACAUGAACAAAUAAGAAACAACAAUAUAACUCAUACCCAAGUUGCAAAUAAUUGCUACUAUGGUUUGCUUUUAAAGAUAUACGAUAGUAUUAUUAACACUUACAAAAUAUAAAUGAGGCCCAUGUAAGGGAGGCCCAAGGCUAACUCCCCAUGUAUGUGGCCCAUAUGACAAUUUGAUCAUCUCAUGUGUUCUUGUAAAAAAAGUCUUACGUGUUUUUAACUAUUGUGUCUUUUCAUUCAUUCCUUCCACACAAAGUUAGCUUUCUACUAGUACUUACCUGGUCGAAGCACAAGCGGUGCUAUCAUGCGGAAUCAGCGAGGUGAACUACCAGGUUAAAAAAAAAUUAGCUUUAUACUGUGUAAAUAUACUCACUAAUAUCACUAGCAUCAACUCAAUAUAGUUUGAGUACUUAUGUAUCAAGAAUAACAUCACACGGUUAAGUACGUACAUUAUAUAACAAAUCUUAGUCGAGCAUCUCAUAUAAUCAAAAUUUGUACUCUUAAACUCCGGUAGUUAGAUAGUCCGGAUUAAAACGAAGACUCCCAGCACCACAAAAUUACUUUUAGGCUUUCCCAAUAUGAUGAUCAAUAGUACAAUUAUGAUAUCACUUGAGAAUGCGACUCCCAAAAUGAUCAAAUUAUUAAUACUCGUAUAAUUAUGAUUGUAGUAGUUGUUGGAAAAAUGUGUGAAAAAAUUGCAUUAAAUGGCUAUUUUGGGGCAAUUUUUUGAGUGGGGUCCACUUCCGAUUUGGGUCGGGUUAAAGUGGUUUCGGAUUGUCCUUGCUUAGGGCUACAAUUCGAUAUAUGGUACGCUCAAAACGGAUAACGGGUGAAUGAGAAAUCGCUUUUCGAAGUUUACCCGUUAGAAGGGAAAACUGGGAAAAAAGGAUGGGUUUCUAGUGUUAAUUUCCCACACCGGAAAACCCAAGGGAUUUGCAACCCUUUAUAAAGGGACCCCCGCCUUAUGGAGUUAAGAUUCCUAAGGGUAAAGGCUCUCUCCACGCGCGCAGGGGGGGUGCAAAUCAAAUCCCGAAUUCGGAGAAGAAAAACCGCGACUUGCGUGCGCGGGCGACCUGCGGACACGAAUGUCGUCCAAAAAUCUAUCUCUCAAGAGAUGACAACUCUGAUGGGCGGCCAUCAGAAUACUCCAUCUCUGAUGGGCGGCUAUCAGAAUACCCCAUUAGGGGUUCUGCCAUCAGAGAUGACAAUUAAUUCUUGGACUUCUCUCUGCUUGAUUCUAUUGAAGAAGAGCCACAACCAUCUAAAUAUUUUUUGUCCAUAGGCAGUGAUGAAAUUAAGAGAAUGACAAAGAUACAGAGAAAGUCAUAAAGGCAUUGAAGAAGGAGAAAAUUUAUGUGAGGAUGCGAAUUGAAUAGAAGUCAGAAAUGAGAAAGGAAAGAGAAAAUGCCACAAAUAGUCCCAGACUUUUGUGGCACUACCUAGUUUAGUCCCCAAUAUUACAUUUGCUCAUUUAUGAUCCUCCACUUAUAUGUACUGACCAACUUUAGUCCUAUUUUAUUUUGACGGUCUAGCCUCUGUUAAUUAGGAUAAACUAUCGUUUCAGACACCUCUCCAAACAUAACGACACUCUACAACCUCUGCAACUUUAAACCUAGCUCUUCCCCCAAGGUUUAGUGAAGAAAGCUGACGGAAGAAAUGGAACAAUGAAGAGAUAGAAAUGGUGUCGCUCCGCAAUACGAUAGGGUAGAUGAUAAGAGCUUCUUUACUUUGAAGUUGAAGCAUGGCGGAAAGAUUAAUCCAAAUUCACAAUUGGGAUAUAUUGGUGGGACUAUAUGGAUAUUGAUGAGUGGGGCUUAAUUACACUCAGGGAAAAAGUAAAGGAGUUGGGCUAUGAAUACUUGAAGACAAAAUUAUUCACUUUAUCAAGUUGUGGGUUCGUAAGUGAACUACUUACUGAUUCUGAUGUUUGGUGUUUAAUGGACCAUGGUGUGAGGCCUACACAAAUUGAAGUAUGGGUUGAAACACUUGAGUCCUCAAAUACAGAAUUUUGUCAUCCAAUUCACGAGAACGCAGCAGCUUCACAAAGCAUUGACGAGGAGGAAAAUGAAGACCAUAUGAGUUUUGAACAGGAGGAUUUGUAUAACAGACUAUGAUAUGAACGAACCAAUGCUGGAUGAUCUUGACUUUGACAAGUUUAUUGAUUUUGAUGUUGAAUAUGCAGGAGUAGAUACACCAUGUAACUACACAAUGGAAAAUGAAAGUCAUCAACAAAUAGUGGAUGAUGGCUUGAAUUUUUCUGGAGGUGAUAUUAGCAAAAAAUCAGAAGGCGCGGCAGAGGGUAAGAAGUGGCCCGUUUUCAAACCAUGUGUAGACAUGAAGAAUCCUAACUUUCGCGUCGGUUUAACAUUUGCAAGCCGAGAUGAGUUUAAAGAGGCUAUACACAACUAUGCUUUCAACAAUGGGAAGGAUUUGAAGUUCGAAAAGAACGAUAAGGUGAGAGUUACUGUUUCGUGUAAACAUCCUAAUUGCCCGUGGAAAAUAAACUGUAGAAACCUUAAAAACACUUCUUCUUGGAGGGUGUUAGAAUUUGUUGAAAACCAUGAAGGAUGCUCAUGGGCGUUUCAUAACAAAAUGGUUACGGCUUCAAAGGUUGGUAAAAGAUGGGAAAAUGCAAUAAAGAGCCACAGCAAUUGGAAGAUUAAAGAAUUUAGAGAUAAAGUCUCUUCAGAUGACAAGUUUCAUUUGAGUAAGAGACAAGCAUAUAGGGCAAUGAGAAAGGCGAAAGCAGAGAUUCAGGGUGAAGAAGAGGAAGACUUCACCAAGUUAUGGAGUUAUUGUUUAGAAAUCCAUAAAACAAAUCCUAAGACAACAUGUGUUGUUAAGCUGAGUGAUGUUGAUGUUACGGAAGAAGGAAAAAGGUUCUUAAGAAUAUACAUAUGUUGGGAGGCUUGUAAGGAGGGCUACAAAUAUUGUAGACCCAUUAUUGGGCUGGACGGUUGUCAUUUGAAAUGCAAAUUGGGGGGGCAAUUAUUAACAGCUGUGGGGAUUGAUUCAAAUGAUAGUAUAUUCCCAUUAGCUUAUGCAAUUGUGGAAAGAGAAAAAAAAGAUUCAUGGACAUGGUUUUUGGAGUUGCUUAAGAAUGAUCUUCAGAUCACAGCAGUCGCCGAAAGACACCUGUGGAAAGCUCUGAUGUUCGAACUACAAACUUUGAAGAAGACAACUACUUUCAUGUUUACAUCUGCUAGUUCUUAAUUAUUUUGUAAUCAAGA